AUGGCCCGCCAAUGGCAUCCCAGAGCAGUCGCUCAAGUCACCCUCCGCGGCCUCCAAUUCAUCUUCGCCGUCAUCAGCGCAGCACUCUACGGCGCCGACGUCGCCAACUGGUCCACAACCAAUACACAUGCCAACGCAAGCUGGAUCUAUGCCGAAGUUACCGCAGUUCUAGCUGCCCUGAGCUCAAUAGCUCAAUGGUGGCUCGCCCUUCCCCGCCCUGGAGCUGUGGUCUGGGAUUGUGUUAUCAGCCUCCUUUGGCUUGUCACUGUCGCAGUGUUUGCCCAAAACAUAUCCAACAGCACGGAUAUGGACCAAAAGUUCUCCAUCAAUAGAAUUAAAGCUGCUGUGGCGAUUGAUGGUAUCAACUUGGCCCUCUGGCUGGCUUCAGCCGUGGAAGCUUGCUGGUGCUGUGGACGAAAGAAGCAGAAACAACCCACAGCCGAGGAAGCCAUGGAAGAGGUGGAUAUUGCCGAGAAGAAGAACCUCAACGAUGAAGGGAAUGUCACCAAAGAGAAGGAUGCGAAAGUGGCACUUGAUCCGCCAUCAUAUGCCAAAGUGUGA